GGAAGUUAUUUAGUAGUUUGAUUACAGCUCUCUUGAAUUCUCAGAAGAUUUUAAGUUUGGCUCCAUUUCGUACAGGGAUACGAAAAUCAGCUGCUCCUUCGUUAUUUACAUAACUGUAAGAAACUUGCGAAUCAGCGGCAUCAAAUUUUCUUGUGAAUCUUUCAGUUCAUAACGAGACCAUCUAUUCGAAUAGGUAUAAUUUCGAAGUAAUCGUUCAUUUUUCGAUAAUAGUGCUCGAAAUAUAUAUAUCAUAUGUAUAUGUACAUAUAUAAAGUUUAACAGGAUUUAAUCGUCGAUUAAAUACUCACGUAUUUAUUGUGCUGUAUUAAAAAAAAAAAAUUAAUGUUUAAUCAAACUCCGCAACACCCGGAAAUGUCGCGCAAACCGUCGAAGCGGCAACUGGCCAUGAGCUCCGUCACCAGGUGUUCGUACGCCUCGAGGAAACUCCCGCGGGGCUCCUGUCCUCUGCCACCGCUACAUGCGAGUCUCGGUGGCCUGCAGCCGGUGUACACCAUCAUCUUGCGAAGCGUCAUGGGCGGCUGCGAGAUCGUCGACUACGCGAGCAGGACGAACACCAGCAGAGCAGAGGAGCGCCUUGUCGUAGACCUUGCCAUGAUCGGCCGGGACUAUCCACUGGGACAAGGCCCCGACACCGGGAAUUCAAUCUUUCAACAACAGCCAAUAAUUGUCAAUGCUGAUCAACUCGCCUCAUCAGAUACGUCGAAUGCCAUUAAGAGCGAUGAAUUAUCUUUAAUGGAGACUCAAAAGCUCAUAAGUGAUAAUGACGAUAGCAACAACGACAACAAUCACGCCAGCAAUAAUAACAACAAUUACGAAUACGCAAAUCUGAUCGAGGGAAUGAUCAACAAUGUUAUGGAAAGCACUACGGCCAUUAAGACUAUGGAGAAGGAAAACAAUAACAAUAAUAACGAGAACAGCUUCGAGUUCUUCAAUUAUGAUAGCAGUCAAAUAGUUGAGUUGGCGACCGCCGACUCCUCCGCGCCCGUAAUCAUUAGUCUACAAAAUUUUUACGAUCCCUUGGGCGCUUCGCACACGACAAAUAAUUGA